AUGCUCUUGUCACGCUUGGCCGGGCGGUCGGACGCACUGGCAAUCUUCUGUCCCAAGUUUGGCAUUCCAAGCCGGCAGUUCCUGGACUUCACUAGCUUCGGAUCUGCAGCGCAGGCAAGGGCAAAGGAAUAUGCUGCAGCUUGGGACAGGUCAGUGGAGGCUUUGCAAGCCAUCGGUGGCACCUGUGUCGAGGUUGACUAUUCGCCUUUUCAGGAGGCAGCGAAUCUGCUCUACCAGGGACCCUGGGUCGCCGAGCGUUUGGCCGCGAUCGCCGCCCUGCUGCAGGAGGAUCCCGAGGUCAUCGAGCCGACGGUGAGGAAGAUCGUGGAGCAAGGGCAUCAUUACACUGCGCAGCAGUGCUUUGAGGCCAGCUACCGGAUGCGAGCCCUCCACCGGGCAGCCGAAGCGAGUAUGGAAGCAGCGAAGGCUCAGGUGCUGGUCACCCCCACUGUGGGUGCCACCUACAAGAUUGAGGAUGUUCUGGCGGAUCCAAUCGCACUGAACACAAAUCUUGGACGCUUCACAAACCACAUGAACCUGCUUGAUCUCUGCGGCUUAGCCGUGCCCACCAUGUGGGCCGGUGAAGCACUUCCUUUCGGCGUCACCAUCUCGGCUCAGGCAGGAUCCGACGCAUACAUCUGCGACAUUGGGCAGAGGCUUCACGCUUUCUCCGGCCUGCCGGUCGGUGCCCUGGAAGCGGCUGUAGAAGAUGUGGAAGCUGCCGUGGCGGCGAAGAUGGGAACCUUUUAUGGCCCCCUACCUUCCGGGGUGGACACGUUCGAGGUGGCCGUCUGCGGAGCUCACAUGGCAGGACUGCCUUUGAGCCCUCAGUUGACUGAGCGCGGCGGCCGCUUCAUGCGGGAAGCACGGACGUCACCAAGGUACCGCCUUGUGGCCUUCGACGAGAUGAAACCACCCCGGCCUGGUCUCGUGGAUGCUGCGGACGGGGCCAGCAUUGACCUGGAGAUUUGGGAGCUGCCGGCAUCAUCUUUUGGCAGCUUUAUGAAGUUAGUCGCCUCUCCUCUGGGCAUCGGCUGGAUUGAGCUCGAGGAUGGUAGCCGAGUACAAGGUUUCCGUCAGGUGGAUGCGAGCGUCAACCGCGGAGGGCAGGUGGGCGUGGCAAGUUAUGAGCCCAACAAGACGCUUUACACAGUACUGCGGCAGCACAGCAAGACAACUAUGGCUUGCUGCUUCGACAGCUGA